GGAUGCAGAGCAGAGAGGGAGAUGGGCUGGGCAUUUCACAGCCCGAAGCCAUGUGGGGCGGUGCUUUCAUCCUGGUCCUCGCCCUUGCUGUGGCUCUGGCAGAGAGUGUUGCUCCUGCAGAGAGGAAGUGCCAGCUCAGCGGACUGUGGAGGAAUGACCAGGACUCACUGAUGGAGAUUUUGGUGUUGAGGGACAAUGGGGACUUCCAGGGACAAUACCUCACAAGAGUCACCCUCUCCGGGGGCUGUGCCCAAAUCUCCCCGCUGAGGGGUACCCAGCAGCAGAUUGGAGAGGAGGGCUGGCCCACCUUUGCCUUCACUGUGCGCUGGGACAAGUUCUCCAAUGCCAGCACCGCCUUCGUGGGGCAAUGCUUUGUGGAUGCAGGUGGAAAGGAGACACUGAGCACCAUGUGGCUGCUGCGUGAAGCUGUUGGGUCCCUUGAGGAGGACUGGAAAGCCACGAGGGUCGGCAGAAAUGUCUUCACACGCAAACGCACCACAAAAGGAAAGAUCCUGUCGAACUUGUCCCCUCCCUGUGAGGCUGUGUCUUCACCAGCCCCAUGAUGUGAUAGUUUGGCUGCAGCCUAAUCCCCCAGUAAGGCAAGAAACACCUGCCUCCCAGUUGAGAAUAAAAUUUUUAAAUCAUCAGC